CAGGUGUUUGAGUGACAACAUUGGGGAAAAUUGAAUGCAAAGGCUCUUGAGUCAGCAAGAAGUAGGAAAAAAUGCCAAUUCCACCACCGCCUCCACCCCCACCCCUGGGUCCUCCACCACCACCAACUUUCAAUCAGGCAAAUACAGAGCCACCAAAACUGAGCCGAGAAGAGCAUCGAGGGAGAGGGGCUUUAUUACAGGAUAUCUGUAAAGGAGCCAAACUGAAGAAAGUGACCAAUGUCAGUGACAGAAGUGCACCAGUACUUGAAAAACCCAAAGGAGGAGGUGGAGGAGGAGGAAGCGGUGGAUUUGGUUCUAGUUCGGGAUCUGUACCUCCUAUGGGAGGCCUUUUUCAAGGAGGUGUUCCCAAACUUAGACCUGUAGGAGGAGGAGAAAGCCAAGGGAGCAGAUCAGCAUUGCAGGUUCCUACUUCCAGAUCAUCUGCUCCAAAACCACCUUUGUCCACCAGCAACAGUCGAUUAAAUGAUGAUCCUGACAGCGGUCGACCUUCACCACCUGAUGUUCCACGAACACACAGACCUUCUUUACCUGAUCUUACCCGACCCAACAGUGGUAGUAGUAGUACUGGCAUGAAACACAGCUCAUCUGCUCCUCCACCUCCUCCAGGAAGACGUACAAAUGCACCUCCUGCUCCUCCAUCAUCAAGCAACAAAACACCUUCCUAUAACAGAGAAAAGCCACUACCACCAACUCCAGGACUUAGGGGACCUUCAAAUAGGGAAGGACCUCCAGCUCCACCACCAGUUAAACCUCCUCCUUCCCCAGUCAAUGCCAGACUUGGAUCACAUGCACAGAAUCAGUCUUUACCCCCUCCACCACCUUAUAGACAGCCGCCAGUUGUCAGUAAUGGUCCAUCAAGUCCAAAUAAUGAGUGUGCCCCAGAGUUACCACAGAGGCAUAAUUCUUUGCACAGGAAAACUUCAGGUGCAGUAAGAAGCAUCGCACCUCCACCCCCACCUCCAUCGCCAUCACCUUCACCAAGUGGCCGACCUCCUCCACCAGCCAGAGAUCCCCCAAGCAGAGGAGCAGCUCCUCCACCUCCACCACCGCUAAUGAGAAAUGGAAAUAGAGAUGCUCCACCCCCUCCCCCACCAUACAGGGGGUCUUCAGAACCUCCUAGUAGAGGAAAACCACCUCCUCCUCCUUCAAGGACUCCUGCAGGACCUCCACCACCACCUCCUCCAGUACGAAAUGGAUAUCGGGAUUCUAUCAUUCCCAAAACUUUCUUAGAUGAUUUUGAAUCCAAAUAUUCAUUUCACCCAGUGGAAGACUUUCCUGCACCAGAAGAUUACAGACCCUGUCAGAAAGUUUAUCCCAGCAAAAGUAGAGCUACACGUGGAGCACCUCCAUUACCACCAUUGGCCAGAUGAAUUUUGAACCUGUUCAGUAUCAUCAGCCCAAUCGUUCUAUGUUUGAGAAGGAAGAAGUUUGCUCCUUCAGAGAAUUUCACCUUUGGAAAACCUGCAUGGAAGAAAAAUCAGUGCAAGAAUUUUUUUUCCAAAUCCAUUGUCUCCCUCUAUGCAUUUUGUUGUGGAACUUUGGUGGUACAGGCCCAGCAGAAUGCCUUGAGAUAGUCCUCCAUUUUACUUGCAUCUGCCAACAUUUUUUUUUCCUUUGGAAUGAAACUGAAUCUAAUUUGUAUUGCUCAGACGUUUUAUAUUUAAUGUGUUAAAAAACAUGAAUCCCUUCCCUGAUCGAAAAGCAGCUGUACUAGUACUGUAUCAGAGUAUACCACUUUUGCCACCAUAGCCAUUUUGUGUACACAGAAGCUUUUUGCACCAGAUGUUGACUGCUGUCUAAAUGUUAGAAUGUUAAUGUUGACAUUUUGGAACCUUUUCUAGAGAACUGAGAUUCCAUAUUGAACAAUUUAUUAGAGAAGAGUGAAAAAGGAGGUUUAAAUGUUUGCUGUGUAGUUCUGGACUUUUAAUUUAUCAGCUUGUGAUCCACACAGAACUGAUCCCAAAGGAAGAAUUGAUGGUACAGUGAAGUAAUAAUGUGGGUGGUUAAGGAAAACGGAAGUUUUUUUUUGCCAACUCUGAGGACAUUAAACAGGAGAAACGGUUUAACAAUAUUUAAAAAGUGAUGAAUUAUGUUAGAGAUGCAAAAGCAAGGAGCUCUUUCCUUUUUUGAGUUAAGAUCAGAUACAUUUUCACAGCUGCAGCAUCUAAGGGAAUUAAUUAUGUGGUUAAUGUCAGAUCAGGGAACCACUUUACAAAAAAGGGUGUGGCAGUGCCCUUAAUGCAAGUCAGACUAUCACUGCAGACAGUACUUGAAAUUCUGCUGCUUUCUAAAAGACCUGGAGUCACACUGUUGUGAACCAAAAUGCCAAAAAGGCCUUGUGUGUUUUCCUUUUGUUGUGCAGUGUGAUUGAUUCCUUUAAGUGAAAGAUACAUUUGUGAAAGCUUGCUCCCUAAUGUUCACUUUCAUGGAUCAUGUGAUCUGGCACUGUAAUCUCUUCCCUGUUGGUCUUGAAGCCAUAUGUUCGUUGUGUGGUUUGGCCAUCUGAUUUCAUUAUGAUCUCUUAAACUGUUAAUAAUCCAGUGUCUAACUGGUUUUUGCCUUACACCCUACUUGCAUUAUAUUGUUUUUGGUACAAAAUUUUAUUGUAAUGUGUAUAUUUUACUCAAGUAAUGGGAAUAUGGUAUUCAUAGUUCUUAAUCUGUUUUGUAUAUUGUACAAAGUACUUGUAAUAUAGAAUUAGGGUGGGCCUGAUGCAAGGAUAUUUAGGAAUUCGUCUCACCUUUAAAACUGUUCUUUUCUGUUGUCAUGGAAGUUUUUUUAUGUUAAGGGUGGUGGCACUCAUGUUGAGGGACACCUCCCACUUUGUUGUUUUGAGAAAAUAGUUUGCCUAGCGCUGCUAGGGGAAAUUUAAGCAGAAUGCAUUGCAUUCUGCAGCCCUUUUAACAUGGCUUCCUUAACAAUACCUGGAAUCUUUUGUGAAUCUGGAAAGUCUGUACAGCUAUGUAAAAAGCAUUCCUUCAAGUUCUGGGCCAAAGCACUUUUUGUGUGUGUGUGUUGCCUGUUUUGUGUGUUUUGAAUUGAAUGCAACUUGGUGCAUUGACAGUUUAUAAGAAUCCAAUACUCUUAAUUUCUGAACACUGUUAUGGACACACUUUUUUGUUAGCGUAUUAUGUUGUGUAAGUACGGUUAAACAAAACUGAUCUUUAGUUCAUUGUUUAGAGAAUGUCAUUUUAUGUGUAGCUGCUAAUUCUGGUAUUGGCUAAAACACUAGAAAAAGGGAUAGUGAAUUAUCUGUUUGACUUUACAUACACAAUUGGCAAAUGUUCAAGUAAAUUGUCCUUUAUGUAUUUCUAGAUGUUAACAAAAAUCUGAGCCUGUCCACAAACACUAGUGAAAAGAAAAACUAGUUGUAGUUUUAUUUGCACUAGCCUGUGUGUCAUAGGGUCUUUGAACAUUCAUUAGAGCUCCUUUGUGACCAAUUGGAAAUUGUUCUGAUCACUCAGUGUAAAAAAGUGCUGCAUUUAAAACUGAAAUGUAUGAAUAUGUUGUCUUCCACAUCUUUGUAAUUUCUCCCAAAAAAGUGUACCUACAUAUACUCAACAGAUUUGCAGCUGUGCUGCCUUGCAGUGUCCUCAUCACCAAGUCAGCAACAUGCAGAUAUGCACACACAGCUUCAUAGGUCUGGGUUGAAUUACAACAGAUUUUCUUAUCACAGGAGUAUUUGCAGGUAAUGAAUGUAUUCUGAAGAGUUCAAGAUCCUCUAUUUACUAGGCAUAUUUAUGCUGAUUGUGAUGGUGAUUAAAUAUGUGAAGAGAGUCUUAAACACCAGAGUUCCUGUGUAUUUAGUUAGCCUCCGUGUUUGUUUGAAACUUAUUUGCAUCAUUUUUUCUUUCCUGCUUAGUUUGCAUUUUUCACAUAGUGACCCAAGUGGUAUUGUGGAAAUUAAAAUUUAAAGCCCUGUCCAAAAAGAAAAUCAUCUUGAAAAGUUGGAGUGAUAUUUGGAAAUAUGAAAAGUUAUAUGGUAUUUGGGAGUAGCAGUCAUGCAUUUGAGUAAACAUGCUUACUUUUUCCUACCCUUUUAUAUUUUUUGUUUGAUUGUACACAGCAGUAGUGUUCAGUUACAGAAGACAAGCAUUUCCUAGGUCAAAGUUUACAGACCUUUUUGUAAAUGCAUGUUCAAAAGACCCUAAGAUCCAGGCAAGAAACUUGCUUUUCUGUUGAAAAGAUCCUUCUAUUUGUAUGUGUCAAGUAUGGUUUUAAUCAAGAGCAACUGUUUUAUGAAUGUAGUCUGAAAAAGGUGUUUUGUUGGGAAGUGUUUUUUGAUUGCUGAUUCCAAUAAAAGACAGUUUUAUCAGUCUUAGCCGAAA